CCUAAGUGGUAUAACAAGUCAAGCAGCUUGAGAAGCCGUUGAAGAAACUACGUCAUCAUCAAGCUAUUCACUGCGAAAUGAACGCUAAUUCAAGAAUGAACGGCUUGUACGUUUUUGUUCAAAUUCCAUCUUGAGAAUUGAGACAGCGUCGACUUGGCUGACAUAUAAUACAAUUAUUACACAAAUUAUCCUUUUUUAGAAUGCACGCGUCUAUUAUACUGAAUUGAAUGCCUCUGAAAAGGACGAUCUUUCUGAUACCAAUAAACGCCGACUUGUACCUUUUCCAUCAAAUUAUAUAGUCUCGCGAAUUGUGAAAAUGUUUAAUGAUACAGAGUUCCAAGAUAAUGGAACCAUGGCAACUACUCUACCACCAUGGACCAGUUACCAUCAACCAUCUCGUAUGAUCGCCGAAGGAGUAAUUUUUAUCCUGGCAUUUACCGGCAAUACCGCUCUUCUUGCCUGGAUGGUCGUAAACAAGCGAGUCCGCUUCCAUAGUUACAUAAUUUCGUUAGCUGUGGCUGAUCUUAGCGUUGCAUUGUUCGGUGUGCUUGGUGAGUUGAUCCGAGAAGCCCUAGACCGACGAUGGUUAGCUUCUGACGGGGCCUGCCGUGUGUUUACCUUGGUGCAGGUGAUUACUUUAUUGGCUUCGAAUUAUAUGAUAGCUGCCAUUGCAGUUGAUCGAUACCACUCACUUUUCAGUCCUCUAAAGAAGCCGCUGGAUUCAGGUAAACUUAUUUGUAUUGCAUGGACUUUAGCGUGCAUAUUCGCAACCCCCCAACUAUUCAUAUUCCAAAGAACCAUUCACAGUGGCGUCCCGAUGUGUCUCACUACAUUUGGAAAGGACGCUCCAGAGAAAACUAUAUAUAUUGUGUAUGCUACUGUGUUCGCCUUCUUUAUUCCAUUCUCCUUCAUCACAUUUGCGUACGUGCGCAUUGUUGCUAAGCUAUGGAAUACGCGACACAGCACAUUACCCGAUUCACAGUAUAAAAAGAAAACGCGUGUUCGCACGCUAAAAAUGACUUGUGCAAUUAUUAUGGUAUUCAUAUUAUGUGGGUUCCCCUAUUUCGCUACCGAACUUUAUGUAGCCGUAAACCCGCCAAAACCAACAGAUUCCAGUAGAAAGUCAUCUUUGCAGCAAAAAAUCUACGGUGUGUUUUCUAUUUUAGCUGUUAGCAACAGUGCCGUCAAUCCAUAUAUUUUCUUCGUGUUUUACGCAUUCCGACAAGCUCGUCAGAACUGUGUGAAUGUAUUGGCGUCGUCUAGAACACGUGUACGUAGCUACAGGGCUGCGUCGCAGACAGACAACACUAAACGUACCGUAGUGGAACUUGAAGAGACGAAUCGUGCUGUAGGACCGUGUGGUGAACGAAUUGAAGAUGAUGUUGGCUGUAAAGUUUAAAUGGCAAGUGCACGAAUCUAAAAAACAAGCUUUCAAAAUCAAGGUUAGCACUCGACGUUUAAUUAAAACAGAUAAAAUACAUCUAUUAUUAAAAAUUGUAAUUUAUUGAAUAACGGAAAGUAAAACGCAUCACAAGGAUACUGUUCUAGAUGUGAUUAAAAUAAAGAUCCCGUGCUAAGCCAUGCUAUAUUAUAAUAUUAUAUGUAUGCUUGGAUCUGCAGUGUUCUGAUUUGCACGUUCACUACAAUCCAACGUAUUGUUAAUUCAUACGAUGCCUGUACAACGUACCGGUACUUUAAGAUAACUUAUAAUUACAAUUGGUAUCGUAUGCUAAUAGAAAAAAAUAUGACAUUAUAAUGACACCACCUAUUCGUAUUUGUGUAGUUAAAUUCCUGAAAAUUGUACGUUAAAAUGUAUAACCACAUUUCUAUAUUUAAUAUUAAGUAAUAUAUAUAAUUAUAUAUAUAUAAUUAAUUAUAUAAACAUGUACCUUUAUACAGUAAGAAGGUAGUAAUGUAUCUAAUAAAAAAUAAAUGAUACUAAUAAACGACAUGUUUCGACGUCUCACACGUCAUCAUCAGGCAACAAUGCUUAUGCUACGUGUGACACGUCGAAACAUAUAGUAGUAUCACAUAUGUAUAUAUAUAUAUAUACAUAUAUAUAUAUAUAUAUAUAUAUGUAUAGAUGUAAUUACCAUUGUCUUAUUCCUUAUUGAGAUUCAGCUUGAAUGCACAGAAGAGGGUGUAUCCAGAUCUCUGACAGUCUGACAAGGCGAUAUUAAUGCUAUAUCAAAAUUGUGACGUGCGUAGGAAUUCAGUAUGGAUGUAUGUACAUACAUGAUAUAUACAUGAACGCAUUAUGUAUAUUUGUAUAACUUA